GGAGCGUAGGCGGGGCUCCCGGAGGUGGGGUCCCCGGGGCGGGGCGCCUAGUCUCCUCGCAAGGUCGGCUGGAGUCCGCUAGUGCCCCACACUCGGUUCCGAGAUGUCAGCGAGGAAGCGGGUGGCGAAGGAGCUGGAGGAUCUGCAGAGCCAGCUUCCCAGGUACCUGCAGAAUCUGGUCAGCGAAGAUGCCAACGUCCUGGUGUGGCACGCCCUCCUCCUGCCCGACCAACCACCCUACAACCUCAGAGCCUUCAAUCUACGUAUCGACUUCUCCGAGGAGUAUCCGUUCAAGCCCCCCACGGUGAAAUUCACAACCAAGAUCUACCACCCCAACGUGGAUGAGAACGGACAGGUGUGCCUGCCCAUUAUCAGCAACAAGUACUGGAAGCCAUGCACCAAGACCUGCCAAGUCUUGGAGGCCCUCAACGUGAUGGUGAAUAAACUGGAGCUGGAUCAGCCUCUGCGGGUGGAUCUUGCUGACCUACUAGUACGGGACCCGGAGCAGUUCAAAAAGAAUGCCAGAGAGUACACCCUUCGCUUUGGAGUGAAACGGCCCACCUAAGCUUGAUCUGACCCCUCCCUGUGCAUGGUGGACAAACAUACCUCAUGGACUGGCGGUCAGGGCCCUCUGUGGCCCAUUUCUUGCCCAUCCUUUCCUUCCUAGGUUGUUAGUUUGUUUGCGGUGGGGGGUCCAGGUGUGUGUAUGGUAUGUGGACCCACUCCCAGGCUCACCUGGCCAUAGGUGCAUCCUUUCCCACUCCCUUUCCUGCCCACAGAUUCGGGGGAGUUGAGGUUCGCGGAGUUGCAAGCCAGUCCUCCUCCGGCAUUGUGUGAUAUGGGAAUCCUGCCCUCAUAUGGUCCCUCCUUUUUAGGAAGAUGAGCCCAAACCAGCUGCAGUGAAUGGGCCCAGCAGCCAAUUAGCAUUCCCCUGGGACCCAGGCAUUAUUGGGGGGUUGGAGGGAAAUGGAGCAGAUGGAUGGCAAGCAGGGCAUGGGGAGGGAAUCCUAUUUACAAUGGAGUGAUCUGCUGAUGGAGUGAUUGUAGUCCUCCAGACUAAUGAUAGAUACCCACAGAUUUUGGUACUAAGCCUUCUUUUCUCCAUGGAUGUACCACAAAAUGUAAGAAUCUCAUUUCUGUCCUGGACACCUGACUACUUGCUUUCAAAACCCGCUUGCUAUCUCGUUAGGCUGCCAGUGCCUGCAGCCAGGCCUCAGGGCUCAGCAGUGCCCCUCCCAGCAUCAGUCCAGGGGAGCCAUGGAAACCCACAGGAACACAUAGCCUUUAAAGCCCUGAGGAAUUCCGCAGUCCGGCUGAGUCUUCACUGAGCGGGUGGGAUGGUUUCAUCAGCGGCAAGCAAAGACUGGGGAAGGAGGACUUAGCUGCCGUCUAAUACAGGUGUAGCCCUGCUUCCCAGAAGCUGACAGCUUGCCUGACCUUGAACCUUGUGUACCCUAACCACUGUGGAGAAAGCUAGCCAUGAUAGAAUGGGCCAUCCUUAGCCAGAGGGGCCUUCAAAAAGUCCACAGGGUAAAAUCCCCAUUUUAUAGAUGAGGCAACAGAGCGCUGCGGUGGAUUGCCAGCUUCCACACUGCUGAUCAGGGAGCCCGGGUGGCAAUCAUUAACCACUCGGCUACUAACUGAAAGGUCAUGGUUCAAGCCCACCAGCGACUCUGUGGGAGAAAAGACCUGGCGAUCUGUUCUUAUAAAGAUUACAGCCUUGGAAGCCUUAUGGGGCAGGUCUACUCCGUUAUAUAGGGUUGCUAUGAGUUGGAAUGGACUCAGUGGAACACAACAACAACACACUGCCAGUCAGUACAGAGUCCACACCACCUGCACUGUGCCAAGCUGGCUAUAUAUAUAUAUAUAUAUAUAUAUAUAUAUUUAACCCCACAAGCUGCUCUUAUCAACACACGUGCUCCAAAAGGCAGAUAAAGCAGACAGGAUUGUCAGCAGAAAAUUAUAAUCAUCUCAGGGGUUCAUCUCCAAUGAGCAGUGGAAAAACACAAACCAGAACUUCUGCCAUAGUUGGAGGGAUUAACUUAACCUGAAGGAAGAACUUUCUGGUUGCAAUUGUUGGAAGCUCCUGGAAGCCACUGUCUUUCAAGAGACAGAAUGUGGGGGUAUCUUCAAGUCAAGGGAACCACUCCAGACCCAGCUAGCUCAGUUUGUGUGAGAUUUCUAGAGACUCCUCUGCUUGAGCUUCUGCCCAAAACCAAAACCAAACCAAACCCACUGCUGCUGAGUAGAACUACCCCAUAGAGUUUCCAAGGAGCGCCUGGUGGAUUUGAACUGCUAACCUUUUGGUUAGUAGCUAUAGCUCCUCACUACUAUGCCCCCAGGGUUUCUGGCUUCUGCCCAGGAGUCCCCUAACCUGAGAGAAGUAUGGAAGGUGGAAAGAGGAAAAGGGAAUUGGGAAAAGCACCAUUGCUGGCUUGAAUUGUAAGGUUUGGGGUUUUGUUGCUGUUGUUGUUUUAGUUUUGGCCACCACUUACUGACCAUUUUGGCCCAUUAUUUCAUUUUCUCAUAUAAUCCUCAUAACACCUCCACGAGGUUGAACUCUUACUAUCCCCUUUUGGAACUGUCAGUGGAGGCUCAGUGAGGUUAACCCACUUGCCCAAGGCCACACAGCUGAUUAGUGGUGGGACCCAGAUCUGCCUGACUCCCAGUGUCCAACGCCCACCCACUGGGUUAUUGUCCUUCCAAACACGUUGGACAGUUGUUGAGAAGAUCUCUCCAGGUCAUGGCUGAGGAAACCAACUCCUGCGUCAGAAGAGAUAGGUUCUCAGAUGGGUAUGGAGGGAGCACAGAGGGGCCAGACAGGGGUUUACAAAAGUACUUUUAAUACAGGUCAGACUGAUACACCUGCCCUUGUCUGAGCUCACCUCUGCACCCUCCUUGGAGCAGAUGAGCCUUAGGCCCAUGGGCUGGUCAGCUGGGCGCCCUGCCCACUUCUGCCCAUAGGGUCGGUCAGCACCUUAUUUCUUCUUGGUCUUCACUAGUCCCUUCUGCACGAGGCUGCGAUACAACUCCUGGAUGUAAGUGUAGACGCACUUGGAGUCGGGUACUGCCAGGCGCACCAUGUCAUCCACCUCCAGCAGCUGGGCACAGUCAGCCAGUUUCCUGCAGGAUAGGGGUGGGCGGGGAGCAGAGGUCAAAGGCAAAGGAUGUGGGAGCCAACGGAAGGGGUGAGGCAGCCCAGUGAGGAUGAAAUCCAUAGAAGGAUGUAUGUCAGAGCUGGGAGAUCCUCUAAGCUAACCAACCCAUUGCACAGAUGAAGUAACUGAGGUCCCAACAGGGUCAAGACUUGUAAUCAGCCUGGUCUGACUCUAAAGGCUGUGUUUUCAUUGCACUGUGCAUCCUUCCCUGGGAGCAGAACUUCUGGCCUAGUUCUACAGUAGCCCACCCCUUAAAAAGGCAGGUGUAUCUAGCCUCUAGAACCAGGAGCCCCUUAAGCCUGGUUUCUCCACACAAAUGUAAAAUGCAGACAUCCAGUCUCAGCCAGAGUGCUGCCUUGCUGCUGCAACAUCUCCAGGGCUUCGUUCGGUCUACGUGUAUUUAUUGAGGGCCUACUGUAUGCCAAAGGUGCUUGGUAGUGCAAUGGCCAACUGCUCAGCUGCCAACGAAAGAUUGGUGGUUCAAACCCCGCCAGUGGCUCUGGGGAAGAAAGACUUGGUGAUCUGCUUCUGUAAAGAUUACAACCUAGAGAAUCCUAUGGGGGCAGUUCUACUGUGUCACAAGGGGCUUCUAUGAGUUGAAUCAACUCAGUGACACCCAACAACAAUAACACUAUAUACCAGGCACCCUGGGAAUUCAGCAGUGAACAAAACCAACCUUCUCUACUCUCUCGGCACUGACAUUCUCGUGGCAGGAGACAGAGAGUAAACAAACAUGUAAACGGGACAGUACAUCUGAAGGUGAGGGGUGGCAGAGAGGAAUGUAAGGCAGGGAAGGAAGACAGGGUGCCAGAUAUACGUUCCUUUUCUGUGUCAACUGAGAUGAUUGUGUGGUUCUUUUCCUUUGUUCUGCUUGUGUGGCGUAUUGCACUGAUGGCUGUUCUAAUGUUGAACCACCCUUGCAUUCCUGGGAUAAAUCCUACUUAGUCAUGAUGUACAAUCCUUUUAAUAUUCUUUUGGAUUUGGUUUAGUAGUAUUUCGUUGGGGAUUUUUACAUCUGUAUUCAUAAGGGAUAUUGCUUUGUAGUUUUCUUGUGGUGUCUUUGGUUUUGGUAUCAGGGUAAUGCUAACCUCAGAAUGAGUUAGGAAUUGUUCCCUCCUCUUCAAUUUUUGGAAAAGUUUAAGGACCGGAAUGACUUCUAGAAUGUUUGGUAGAAUUCGCCGAUGAAGCCAUCUAUAAGCAUAGAUGCUGUGUUGUUGUUGUUGUGUUGAUUCUGACUCAUGGAGACCCCAUAUGUGCAAAGUAGAACUGCUCCAUAGGCUUUUCAAGGCUGUGACCUUUUGGAAGCAGAUUGCCAGGCCUGUCUUCCAAGGUGCUCCUGGGUGGUUUCAAACUACCAACCUUUUGGCUAUUAGUUGAACUCUUAACCAUUUUAGCCACCCAGGGACUCUCCCCAAGGGAAGCUAUCUGCUAUAGGACUUUCCAGGGUAUGUUCCUAUGUUAGGGAGGGGUCUGUUAUUCUUUAAUGGGAUGCUUAGGGAAGGCUUCUUAAGAUAGUAAGUCGUAUGCGUAUCUGGGGAAGAGGAUUCCAGACAGACUGAACAGCAUGCGCAAAGGCCCUGAGGCAGGAGCACUUGGUGUGUUUGAGGAACUGCGUGGAACCUGGUACAAGUUCUCUUCUAUGUAACAUGAAUCCCCCCUGCUGCCCUUUGGGGCCUCGUGCUACUCCUGGUAAUUAUUGGAGCUACCACAUUAAGUCCUCACUCCCUCAUGCGGGUUGCUUCCCCUUGAAUGGUCUCAUUUACUCUUCCUCAACCAUGGAGCCCUGGUAGCACAGUAGUUAAAAACUCGGCUAUUAACCAAAAGGUUGGCAGUUUAAAUCCACCAGGCACUCCUUGAAACUCUAUGGGGCGGUUCUACUCUGCCCUAUAGAGUUGCUAUGAGUCGGAAUCGACUCAUCAGCAACGGGUUUGGUUUGAUUUUCCAUCCUCAACCAGCAGAAGGGGAACUGGAGACUCAGAGCGUUUUGGUGAUAUACCCAAGGUCGAAGUUAGUUACACAGCCGGGACUCAACCCCCAGGGCUGCCUGGCCCUCUAGCACCUGUGCUCUGAAGCUGGGUCUCAGCAGGCUCUGAAGCCAGCUGCGGGUGCUGGCAGUAAGACAAGUCAGGGCUCCAGUGGAAAUCCUCUCCUGGGCAGAGACAGCUGGCCCGAAAUCCAAGCUGGCCUGGCCUAGGGGCUGGGGGAGGGGUGCAGGCUGGAGAGGUUCAAAGAAUGAGACAGGCACCCCACAGCUGAUGCAGUGGCCAGCUCCUGAGUGCACGUUGGGGUGCCGUCCCCAACAGGGGAGAGGCAAACUCUUCAUGGUAUUGAGACUGGACUCAGGGCAGGACUCCCACCAGUAGCACAGCUGAUGGAGCCCGUUGGGGGCUCUAGCACCACCGGCUCCCUGCUCUUAUCCAUGGGAUCAGAGGAUAGUUCUGGAACAGGGGCAGUGAGGUAUGAUGGCUGUGGCAGGGGCCCCCUUACUUCUCACACUUAAUCUUCACACCAAACCAGUUAACCGUUUGUACCAGGCUCAUAACUGACAUCUUUCCUUAUGUUAUAACAGCAGCGAGGAUUUUUUAGAAGUACUGACUGUGGGAUAGGCACUGCGGUAGUGGCUUUACCUAAUUCUCACAGUGACUCCCUAAAAGAGGAACCAUCAUUCCCAUUUUAGAGAUCAGAAUAUGAGGCUCAGAAAGCCUGUCCAAGAUCACAUGGCUAACAAAUGGCAGAGUCAGAAUCUGACCCCAAAUCUUUGUAACCACCCUACCCAAAACCGCAGGCCAGCCUCUCUUCCAUCCCUUUCUCUGCCUAAUUUUUCUUUAGAUCCUAUCACCACCUGGUAUUUUAUGUAAUAUCUAUUUGUGUGUUUGGAGUCCCUGACUGAUGCAAACAGUUAAGCACCCAGCUACUAACCAAAAGUUUGGAGACUCGAGUCUACCCUGAGGCACCACGGAAGAAAGGCCUAGUGAUCUACUUCCAAGCAGCCAUUGAAAACCUUUUGGAGCACAGUUCUACUCUCACACACGUGGCAUCACAUGAGUCUGAGUCGACGUGA